AGCUUCCUCCAAGAUGCUGGUGAUCUUACUCAUGGUGGUCAUGCUAGCCCUGAGCUCAGCUCAGGACCCAAAUCGAGAUUUUGUGGUUUCCAGUCAGGACGUCAGAGAAAGACAACCUUCUUCCCAACAAGGCACUGUUGGGGGUCAAAGCCAGGAAUCCCAAUUAAGAGAUCAGCAGCAGCAACAAAGUCCUCAGCAGUCACAGGAGCAGCAACCACAACCGCAGUUGCAGCAGGCAAAGCAGCCACAGAGGCCAGUCAAAGGACAGCCACUACCACAGCAGCAACAGCAACAAAAUCAGCGGCCACGGCCUAGAUACCAGCAACCAAGAAGAGCUGUGUGAUCUUCUCAAGGCCAGUUUUAUCCGUAAGCAAUAAUGCAAUGUCAGAAAGUAAAUGGGAAGAUAAUGAGCUAAGAAGACAAAGUUCUUAGAAGAUUAUGAGUUAUAUCUUUGUCUUUACCCUACCAAUAAAAUGUUGAGCAUGCAA